GUAUUUCUCACUGCCUGCAUCGUCUCCAAACCGAAUUGUUUGCCGGUAUCGGAUCCGAUACUCAGAGCGCGUGAGAAGGAAAACCUAAACGUCUCCGAUCCACUCUAUGUUUCUUCCCUGGUUAUUUGAGAUCGAGGAGGAAUUUGCGUUUCUUCACCGGCUUUUGACAUCUGAAUGGCGGAAUCGCGGAGGUUUACAGUAGGCUACGCUCUAGCUCUUAAGAAGAAACAGAGCUUCAUCCAGCCUUCGCUCGUGAAGCUCGCCAGUGAACGCGGGAUCGAUCUCGUUCCCAUCGACACCGAUCAACCUCUCGCACUGCAGGGGCCGUUUGAUUGUGUGCUUCAUAAGUUUUAUGGCGAUGAUUGGAAGGCACAGCUUAAAGAUUACGCUGCCAAGAAUCCCUCCCUCCCUAUCAUUGACCAGCCAGACGCCAUCGAGCGGCUUCACAAUCGCAUCUCGAUGCUCCAAGUCGUUUCUGAGCUCAAGAUUCCUCAAGAUAAGGAAACUUUUGGGAUUCCCAGCCAGAUCGUUGUUUACGACUCGAUUGCUCUUUCCGAUUAUAGUGCUGUCGGUGCCCUCAGAUUCCCUGUCAUCGCAAAGCCUCUCGUGGCCGAUGGCAGCGCCAAAUCACAUAAGAUGUCUCUGGUUUACAACCGCGCUGGACUUCUGAAAUUGAAACCGCCUCUCGUUCUGCAAGAGUUUGUAAACCACGGCGGAGUCAUUUUUAAGGUCUACGUGGUUGGAGACUAUGUCAAAUGCGUGAAGCGGAAGUCUCUUCCGGAUGUGUCCUUGGAUAAUUUGGAUAGCACUGAGAGUUUGCUGUCCUUUUCUCAGGUAUCAAACAUGACGAAACAGAACAGGAGCAGUGAGGAGUAUUAUGAGAGCUUGCAACUGGAGGCUGAAAUGCCACCGCUGAACUUGCUGACAGAUAUUGCGAGAGGAUUGAGACAGGCGAUGAGAUUGCAUCUUUUCAACUUUGACGUCAUAAGAGAUUCUAAGGCUGGGAACCAUUACUACGUGAUUGACAUUAACUACUUCCCUGGCUAUGCAAAGAUGCCAUCCUAUGAGACUGUCUUGACUGAUUUCUUUUGCAACAUUGUUCAAAAGAAGUCGGUAGAAGAAGAUGGUACGGAUUCAACUGUUGAAGGCAAGGGAAAAGAGAUGAAGCUUCUAACUAGCAACAAUUGUGGCGGUAAUACGGAUGUUGAGAACGAAGGAGAAAGCCCGAGGAAAGUCUCAGGCUUCUGAUAUCCCUUUUUUCCUUGCGAGUCCGAAGGGUAUAUUUUGCAAUACUUUGAAAGAGAAGGUAGGAGCAUCUAGUUUAGUUGGGUUUUGACUUUUUCUUUUUUUGAUGGGCACAUUUGUCGUUAAGCAGAGUGUACAUUCUUCACCAUGCUGAUGAUAGGUAUUUUUUUCUCCCUAAUUUUGGAAUACUAAACAUUUUAUUAAUGCUAGGUGGUUUAAGUUUGAAAUAAUUGUACUGCUUCAGGUUUUCUGAUACCUGAAACAUGACAUUUCUAGAGCACAAUUUUUUUUUUUUGUUACCAUUUCCUU